AUGUAUCAUCACGAUCCUCUCGCCAUGUACAACCAGGCCAUGCUUUCGCGAGGCGGCCGCCCUCGCCGCUUCGACGAAUACUACCGCUGCUACCCAGUCCUGAUGAAGACGGACCGUCAGGAUGUCAUCCACGGCGGCAAGGUCUACCUGCCCGCCUCUGCCCUGGACAAGCUCACCCAACUGCACAUCACCUAUCCCAUGCUCUUCGAGCUCAUCAACGGCGCAAAACAAACAAAGACGCAUGCCGGUGUCCUCGAGUUCACCGCCGAGGAGGGCAAGAUCUACCUGCCCAACUGGAUCAUGCGCUCGCUCCUGCUGGACCCCGGCGACCUCCUCCAAAUCAAGUCCACCGACCUGCCCUCCGGCUCCUUCAUCAAGCUGCAACCCCAAAGCCCGGCCUUCCUCGACAUCUCCGACCCUAAGGCGGUCCUCGAAAACGUCUUCCGCAGCUACUCGUGCCUGACAAAGGGCGACAUCUUCUCCUUCAAUUACGUCGACCAGAUCCACGAAGUCGCCGUCCUCGAAGUAAAACCAGACAAGGACUCCCACUCCAUCAGUGUCCAAGAAACAGAUCUGAGCGUCGACUUUGCCACGCCCGUCGGCUAUGUCGAACCUGACCGCAACAGUGGUACUUCCACACCUGCUCAGGCCAAAGCCAUGGGCGGCCCUAUGCACACACAAGGAACCAUGGCCCAAGCUAUCAACUACUCAGCCAUCGCUCCCGCCAGUACAGAUGCAGUAACCGGCCACGCAGCAGCCGCCUCACACUUCCUCUCCCAAGGCCACCGCCUAGUCGCAAAGAAAGGCAGUAAAAACGCAACUCCCUCCUCUACCGGCACAUCAACCCCAAUACCCGCAGAAACAGUCGGUAUUCCUGGUCUAGCCAAACCUCAACCCCGUAGAAAUGGCCCUCAACCACUGCGUCUGGAUCCAAACAAGUUAUUCUUCGGCUACGAAGUCAAGCCCAAGCCUGCAAAGAAGGACGAGACUCGGGAAGAACAAAAGAAGCAACACUUCUUCUCCGGCGAGGGUCAGACUCUUAGAAAGAAGAAAUGA